UCAACAUCAACUCAUCAAGAAAAUCCUCUCAAUAGGCUCACCCUAGUCACAAUCUUAAUAAAAAUUUGUCUUCAUUACUUUCAUUCUCAAAAUCUCAUCAUGUCUUUCAUAGAAAUGGCUUCUCCCAGAGCUAUUAAGCUUCCUUACCAAAUGCUAAGUCUUGAAACUGAGUCUGAUGAAGAAAGAAGGGUGAUCCUAAGGCCAAAGAAGUGGUGCAGAUUUAGAGGGGUGCCGUUGAGGAAAAGGUUCAGGUUGAAAGUGCCAAGAUGGAGAAGAUUGUGGAUGAAAAAAGUGAGGCUUUUAUGUGCUAAGGUGAAGAAAAGGUUCAAGGAGGGGCAAGGCCAUUUUGGUGAUCUCUUCGCUGGGAAUUAUAUGUUCACUCAAAUCAAUCCAGCAUCAUUGAAGUAUCUUGAAAAGAAGUUGUCUCAAUCAAAAAUUGCUUGAUGUUUGUAGUUAAUGUCUUAAUUGGGCUAUGAACUCAUCCUAUAAUGUGGGUUCUCCAUCCAGCUAAGUCUUGUUUUAUUUUCUUAAUGUUCUUUGUUUUCUUCCAAUUCAUAUAGAAAGAUGCUACCUAUUAUUCCUUUUACAACCUUUUAGUUUUUCAUUUUUAUGUUGC